AUGCCAACACGACCCUCCCACCACCUGGAAGUUCUGCAGGCCAAUGUCAACCACUGCGCCCGUGCCCAAGACCUCCUAGUCCAGCACGUGGCGGAGUGGGGCAUUGGCGCUGCCAUAGUGUCGGAACCCUAUUACGUCCCCCCGCUUUCCAACUGGGCUGGCGACACUGAGGGGCUGGUGGCGGUUACUGCUCCCCAAAUCGGAAACCACCCACCUCUCUCGAAAAUUGUGAGUGGUAGAGGUUACGUGGCGGUGAGAUGGGGAGUUAUCGCAAUAAUUGCUGCAUACUUCUCCCCCAACGAGCCGCUUCGUGACUUCGAAGACCUCCUUGAGAGA